AUGAAACAGGAAUUGAGUGAUAAACGUGAUUUACGGCCAUUCGUUUAUGGUGGACUAGCAUCUAUUAUUGCGGAAUUUGGCACCUUUCCAAUUGACACAACAAAAACCCGCCUACAAAUCCAAGGUCAGAAACAUGAUAAAACAUUUUCCCAGCUACGUUAUCGCGGCAUGACAGAUGCCAUGAUUAAAAUCAGUCGCGAGGAGGGUUUAAAGGCAUUAUAUUCAGGAAUUUGGCCCGCCGUACUGAGACAAGCAACAUAUGGCACCAUCAAAUUCGGUACCUAUUAUACCCUGAAAAGUGUGGCAAGUGAACAUGGUCUCCUUGUAGAUCCCGACACGGGGACAGAACGUGUUUGGGGUAAUAUUUUAUGUGCUGCUGCAUCGGGAGCCAUUUCCUCUGCCAUUGCUAAUCCCACAGAUGUGUUGAAAGUGCGAAUGCAGGUACAUGGGAAGGGUACACAACAACAGAGUCUUUGGGCAUGUUUUUAUGAUAUAUACAAAUAUGAAGGUGUCCGAGGCCUUUGGCGUGGUGUGUGCCCUACGGCUCAGAGAGCGGUGGCUAUUGCUUCGGUGGAACUGCCGGUGUAUGAUUUUUGUAAGCUGCAGUUGAUGGGAAUGUUUGGUGAUCAUGUGGCCAAUCAUUUUGUUUCCAGCUUCAUCGCCAGUUUGGGCAGUGCCAUAGCCUCCACACCCAUUGAUGUUGUACGAACCCGCCUUAUGAAUCAGAAACCCGUAACUGUGGUCAAUGGCAUGGUAACGGCGGCGACAUCACAAAAAAUCUACACCGGGAGCAUAGAUUGUGCACUGCAGACCGUUCGCAAUGAAGGCUUUUUGGCAUUGUACAAAGGUUUCAUACCCACUUGGGUGCGGAUGGGCCCAUGGAAUGUUAUAUUCUUUAUAACCUAUGAACAAUUGAAAAAAUAUUGA